AUGCGUUCCUCUCAGAUCAUCGCCCUGUCUGGGCUCAUUAUCUCCAGCGCUACCGCCCAGCGGUACGAGGCCAACAUCGGCUUCGCCAUGGACUCGGACAGCUGCGGCGACGGCUUCUACAUCGGGUGCUCGGUCAACCCGGGCGACUGCUGCAGCAUUGGUCCGGGUUGGGAGGGCAAGUCUGUCUCGUUCGUCCUGGGCAGCGACUCUCCCAACGUGAUUGGCAAGGCGUUCUCGGGCGAAGACUGCCUCGCAGGCACCUCUGUCGGCGAGCAGGCCAGCGGCGCCCUCAACUACUUCUGCCUCAGCAAGCCGUCAGCCCCAGCGACGAGCGCUUACUACCUUCCGAACAACAGCACCGGCUGCGGGAGCCGUGCUAGCGCCAGCCGCAUGGCUAGGCGAGGUGUUGUUGGUGGCAGCGUCAAGGGUACCAAGGAGUGCCGCUCGCCGGACCACAUCAUCUUGCCCGGCGGCGCUCGCGCCAACAUUGAGGGACUUGCCGAGAGGGAUCUCGAUAUGAUUGUUGCCCGCCGCGACGCAGCGGAUGUUGACGCACAGCUCGCCGCUUUUCGCAAGUAG